AUGAAGCAAAAUAAGGUUAAUAAAAUAGAUUUUGAACUGUUGUAGAAAAUUUAAAUAAAUGAAUCAAAUGUUAAUUUAUCAUGGGUGUUAAAAUUUCCGAAUUGUCAUGAAUUACAAUCCUUUAUUUUUUAGAUGCCAUUCAUUGAUCUUCAAAUUUAAUAAUCGAAGUACGAUAUAUAGGGGUCAUGUCAUAUUAUUACAAAUAAUCAAAUAUAAUUCCCUUUAUUACAAAUUGCAGAAGGAAUACUUAUAUAUUAGAAACACAAAUGUCUAUUUUUAAGUGAUUGUAUUAUAGAAAAAUAAAAAUUUGUUUGUCAUUAAAGCUAACUAUUUUUGAUUAAAAUCUCUCAUAAUCAAGGUCGCCUCAUACUUAUAUUUGUUCAUCCUGUAUCAUAGAGGGAAUGGUUUAAGAUACUAAAACUAUAGGGAAAAUAAAAUAACUUUCUUUAAAAAUAUCGAAUCAAUGAAGUCAUAAUGUCAAAUAUUUUUUCAGUUCUCUUAAAAAGAAAAAAUAAAAAAUAUGUAGCAUAAAUAUAUUAAAAAAAUGAUAUUAAAUCAUAAGAAUAGAAUGAGAUCAUUAAUAAUUAUAUUAAAAUUCUCAAAAGUGGAAAAAUUAUAAACUAUUACCCAGUAUUAAGUAUUUUUGAAGAUACUGAAACAAUUUCGAUUAUUACUUAUUAAUUUAUAGGUAAAACUUUUGAAUCUUUGUUAUUAAGUGAUUAAACAUCUAUUACACAAAUGAACUUAGCCUUCAUUAUUUGCUCUGUUCUGUAAUGUUUAAAAUGUCUUUAAGAUGAAGAAUUAUUUCAUGGUUACGUUUGUCUAGAAAAUAUCAUUAUGGCUAAUAUGUUAGGAUCACUGUAAAUUUACUUAAUUAACUCAAACUAUAAGGUAAUUAAUCAAACUAUUUUAUAGCCUUACAACAUAAAUAAUUUGAACUUUUAUUUGGAUUCUAUUCCAAACUAUUUGAUUGCUCCUGAAAUUCUUUCUUAAUAAGAUUAACCCUCUGUCAAAUCAGAUAUCUAUUAAUUAGGAAUGAUAUUUCUAAUAGUAAGCUUUUUUGCUAAGGGUUAAAGUUAUAACAGAUAAUAUAUAUCAAAGAUAUCCUAAAGUAGAAUAGAACUUAUCAAAUAGCAAGAAAUUAAUUUUUAAUAAUAUAAAAAUUCUGAUUUCCCUUAUCUUUUCAGUGCUUGCUAAUUAGACUUAAUUAAGAAAAUGACUGAGAAUGAUCCUAAUAAAAGGAUUUCUGUGAAUGAUGCGCUUAAACAUGCUUGGUUUAUUAAUACGAAAGAUAAACUAAAGUCAUAAAAGCAAUAAUCUAUAAAUCGUAAUCUACCUAGUUUAAAGACAAUUAUAGAAAUGGUUGAAUAAAGUGAAUAUGAUAUAAGAAGAAAAUCAUUAAAACUCAGUAUUAUUUAAUAAGGCAAAAAUAAAUUAGAAUGUGCCACAUCUUUAAAAUAAUUUGAUUUUAAUGCAUUCCAAUAAUAAUAAGAUGCAAAUUAUUUAGUGAAAUCUUUGGAAAGCCAAAAUGAAAUUAUAGAUGAGGACCACGAAAUAAGUAAUUUAAUAUUCAAACUUAAUGAUAAACAAUUUAGAAUGAUGCCUUCCUCAUUAAGCCACUUCAUCUAAGAUAAAAAUUAAUACAGACUAACUUAACCUAAUAAUCAUUUAACGCAAUUUUAAGACUGA